GCCGGCAGGAAGCACUGAGGAGGAAUCUGUUUUCUGACCACCCACAAGGUCCCCUACCUCAGCAGCAGGGCUGAGGCGGGAAUGGGUCGGGGUUCGAUCUGUGGCUCGGCCAUUGAUUGCUAAGGAUGCUGCAGACUUUAUAUGAUUACUUCUGGUGGGAGCGAUUGUGGCUGCCUGUGAACCUGACCUGGGCUGACCUGGAGGACCGUGAUGGGCGCAUCUAUGCUAAAGCUUCUGACCUUUAUAUCACCCUACCCCUCGCCCUGCUUUUCCUCAUCGUCAGAUACUUCUUUGAGAUUUAUGUGGCAACACCGCUGGCUGCCCUCCUAAAUGUGAAGGAGAAGACUCGGCUUCGAGCAUCCCCCAACCCAACUUUGGAGAAUUUCUAUUGUACCAGAGGCAAACACCCUAAACAGGCGGAGGUGGAGCUCUUGUCUCGGCAGAGUGGACUCUCAAGCCGUCAGGUAGAGCGAUGGUUCCGUAGACGCCGAAAUCAGGACCGGCCAAGCCUACUCAAGAAAUUCCGGGAGGCCAGUUGGAGAUUCACCUUUUAUCUUAUUGCUUUCAUUGCUGGCAUGGCUGUCAUUGUGGAUAAACCUUGGUUCUAUGACAUGAAGGAAGUAUGGAAAGGUUAUCCUAUUCAGUCUAUUAUCCCUUCCCAGUACUGGUAUUACAUGAUCGAACUCUCCUUCUACUGGUCCCUACUCUUCAGUAUUGCUUCUGAUGUUAAACGAAAGGAUUUCAAAGAGCAGGUGAUCCACCAUGUGGCCACCAUCAUCCUCAUCAGCUUCUCCUGGUUUGCCAACUACAUCCGGGCAGGGACACUCAUCAUGGCUCUCCAUGACUCCUCUGACUACCUGCUAGAGUCAGCCAAGAUGUUUAACUACGCUGGAUGGAAAAACACGUGCAACAAUAUCUUCAUCGUCUUCGCCAUUGUCUUCAUCAUUACUCGACUCGUCAUCUUACCCUUCUGGAUCCUGCACUGCACAGUGGUGUAUCCUCUGCAGCUGUAUCCUGCCUUUUUUGGUUAUUACUUCUUCAACUCCAUGAUGGGUGUGCUGCAAGUGCUGCACAUCUUCUGGGCCUACCUCAUCCUUCGAAUGGCCCACAAGUUUGUAACUGGAAAGCUGGUAGAAGAUGAACGCAGUGAUCGGGAAGAGACGGAGAGUUCAGAGGGCGAGGAGGCUAUCACUGGUGGGGGCAUGAAGAGCCAUCAUCUAGCCAAUGGUCAUCCUAUUCUUAACAAUAACCACAGAAAAAAUGACUGA